AACUUCCUUCCUUGAUCAAUCGAAAACAUGGAGGGAGGCUUUUAUAAAUGGCAGUUAUCAGCAGUCUUAACGUUCAUUCUACUAAUCAAACCGUGCUUUAUAAGCAGAGGGGCCGAGUAGGUUACAUCUCUAAAUUAUAUGCGAAAUUGUUAUAUUUGAUUUGAGGCGUAGGCUAUUGUUACAAAAUGAGGGAUAUUGUAGGAAUAGUCGUUGCGUUAACAUUCCUUUUGAGAGUCAAGGGGGAAGCCCCUCGUGGCGGAUACUGCAUCGAGAAGCAGUGCUUUGCGGUUUUCCAGGACCAAGUCGACUUUGGAACGGCACAAAAACAUUGUGAGGAUAAUAAUGGACAUUUAAUGACAGUGCGAUCUUUGAUAUCGCAUAGCAUCCUUUUAAUAUUACUCGGUAUCCAUACUGGAAAUUAUUGGAUUGGUUUGCAGCUACCGAGCGGGCAAUGCCCCGACCAAGCGUUGGGUUUACGAGGGUACAGGUGGAUAACUGGAGAUAAUGAAACGAAGUUCCAGAACUGGGGACACUUUGAUGACGUUUGCUCUUCAAACUGCAUUUCAGUAUCAAAAUACGACUUUGAAUGGAAGGAACAGCCAUGCAACAGUAAAAUAGAUGGAUUUAUUUGUGAAUAUAAACUUGACAGUCCUUGCCAACAUGUCAUGGUAAAAGGGGACGAAUCCGUUCUGUACGACAACCCAUUGGGAUUCAAGGGAGACAACCUACUGGUAUUACCCCUGGGAACCAUUGCAACGCUCAAAUCCCUCGGAUCGAAAUACAUAUGUAACGUUGAACAGUGGAUACAAGCACCAUGGAAUUGCGACGUAUUUAAUGGUGGCUGUUCGCAUGACUGUUCCUCAGUUAACCAUGAACCUGUAUGCACCUGUCCACCUGGAAAAACUCUCCAGGACAACAACGUCACAUGUGAAUACGCGCUAAAUGACCCCUGCCAUGACUCAGGGUGCGCGCAUCUCUGCCAGAAAAAAGAUGACAGUUACGCUUGCAUGUGUCACCUUGGGUACGCACUGGCAGAAGAUGGGAAGGAGUGCAAAGACAUUGAUUAUUGUGUCGAGGAUAGGCAGUGCCCGGGACAGAACAGUGAAUGUGUCAAUAGGCCUACUCUUGGUGGAUUUGAAUGCAGAUGCCAGAAGGGAUAUGAGUUGGAAAAUGACACAUGCGUCGAUGUGGAUGAAUGCUUCAUGGGUCCAUGUGAGCACGAAUGCACGAACACGAUAGGCAGUUACAUUUGCUCCUGUUUUGAUGGAUUCAUUUCAAAGACAGAAGACGCCAACAGGUGUCAAUUACUUUGUUUAGCAGAAGAGUGUCCCACAGAAUGUGAUCGUAGUAAAACAUAUCAAUGUUACUGUCCAAUAGGUUACUUACUCGAUGACAGAAACGGGUCGUCAGUUUGUGUCGACAUAGAUGAAUGUGAGAUGGAUUCCUACUGCCACAGUAAUUGCACAAAUACUUAUGGAGGUUACCUGUGUUCUUGUGACGAGGGAUUCGACUUGGUUGGUGAAUAUGAUUGUGUUGAGAGAGAGUCAUCUGAGGGUUCAGGUUUUACGACACCAUAUACACCAAGUGCCAAGCAUCCAACUGAGCGUCCUUUCACUGUAAAGGCGGGAGGUCUUCUUGGAAUGAUAGUAUGUAUUGUCGUUGUUAUUUUGGUGAUGGUUGUACUUAUUCACCUUAUACUGAAACGUCGAGGUAAUUUAGACAUUGCUUUCGAAAGCCAAGGCGUUGGUAAUCACGAUUUGCAGCAAGUCUCAACGGAUAAGUACCACAAAUUGUCAUUUGACAGACAUUUUAUAAUAUGACAAUUAAUAUGAUCGUUGGAUACUUUUGCCAUUUUCAUUGUCAUGCCUUGUUUACACGUCUGCAAAGGAGAAUCAGCUGGUUUGAACUUGUAAUGUUUUUAUUUCAUACAGUUUUAAUAAGCAUAUAUCAGAAAUGGCUCACCUCAUCAAUUCAAACCAAUCUCAUAAGUGAACAAAGCCAGUAACAAAGUAAGCCUAUAGGCUAACUUGCAAUAUAUAUAUAUAUUUAUCCUAUCAAAUGAUUAUAAAAGAAAACAUAAUAAAUUAUUAUUUAACUUCUUUGAGAUUAUUCUUGUUAUUUACUCACUAAAAAUCGUUAUUGAGAAUGUAGCAAAAGCAAAUAACAGCCUACUGUUUAGCAAAUGGUCAAUUAAUCAGCCAUGCAUGGAGGUAUCUGCUUGCUCCACUUCCACUUUUAUUUGUGCCAAUAAGUUGAAUAUAGGCCAUGAAUUAUAUCAGUGGAAAAACUAUAAUGCAUCUUUGGAUUAAGGCUGUGUGUGUGGACGGCCUAUAUUGGGCUAUACUGUCAUUAGUUGGAGAAAAAUAAAAUAUUCAUUCCUUCUUUAUUGGAGGCAUAGUUUGGUAUUUGUAACUUAAAAGGUCAAAUCGAAUUUCAUGCAAAUACCUGAAACCAUAUUAUGUGUAAAUCACCUAAAAGGGGCAAUCAGUAAUUACUACAUUCAUUUUUUGACUAAUGAAUGUAUUAUAUGAACCCAUUGAUUCUUGAAUAAUAUAACUUAUAAAUAUGCCUGUCAUACCCCAUCAGAACCCAACAUAUAGACCUAAACUUUUUUUACUUCAAUGUUUGUAAACAAAGUAAAUGUAAACAAACACUAUAUAGCCUCAAAACAUGGUUAUAACUAUAAUUUUGAUAUCAUGGAUUGUCAGUCCUGCAUUCAGUUUUUUACCAAAACAGGGGUGGGGAUGCCUUUUUUUAAUCGUUUCUACUGCUGAUUGACAUUUUAAGAGCCUUGGGGUUCUGUUCCCAUGGUGCCCAUUUCUGGAUGGGGUUCUAAAAUGUAUCCCAAAAUAGCUUGAAUGUGCCAUCUGAGGUAUCAGAGAGAUCGAGAGCGCGCGAGAGAGAGGCGGGGGAAACAAUAACAUGUAUUAGGCUUCUACACAUGAAUUGAACUAUAUCCUAAUUCCAUUUGUUGAAAUAUUGGCCUAUUCAAUUGUAGAGGUUACCUACCAACGUGUAUUUAAUGUUUGCUGUUUACUAGUGUAGACAUGUGUUUAUGUGCCAAACGUUGGCUAGUAUUUGCGCCCACUCGGCUGUGGGUAGGCUCGCGUGUCUGCGUCAUUCGAAAUAUAGCCUAUAGUGAUGUGCACCGUCGCAGUGGGAGAGAUAACGUUUUGGGGAAGGGGAUUAAAACAAGCAGCUGAAAACGGGCUUCCUUCCAAGGAGGAACUUCCUUCCGUGACCAGAGCGCAAACAUGGAGCGAGCCUUUUAUAAGCGUGAACUAUCAACAGGAUUAACAGUCUAAACUAGGCUAUAGCCUACAUUGACUUCUAAUACGCGCAAGAGUUGUAGGCCUAAUUAGAAAGUUGUAACAACUGAGUUUUAAAAAUGAGGGACAUAAUAGUGAUGGUGUUUGUUACUCUAACAUUCUUGAUGAGAGUGGGAGAAGCCCAACAUAAUGCACACUGCGAGGGGAAUCAUUGUUUUGCUGUUUUCCAGGAUCCAGUCGAUUUUGCAACGGCUCAAAAACAUUGUGAGAGCAAUAAUGGACAAUUAAUGACAGUGCGAUCUUUGGAAUCACAACACAUAAUUUCGAUUUUAAUCGGUAAUACAGGAGAUUACUGGAUUGGUUUGCGGUUACCGAGUGGACAAUGUCCCGACAGUGCCUCUGAUUUGCGGGGGUACAGAUGGAUAACGGGAGAUAAUUCAACAGACUUUCAAAACUGGGGGCUCAUUGACAAUGUCUGCUCUUCAAAAUGUGUCUCGGUGUCCAAAAUCGAAUUGAAUUGGACAGAACAAUUAUGCGACAGGGAAAUAAAUGGAUACCUUUGUGAGUAUAAUUUCCCAAGUGGCUGCAAACGUAUUGACAUCAAAAGCGAGGAAUCCGUUCUAUAUGAGACCCCAUUUGGAUUCGAGGGAGAGGAUCUACUGGUAUUGCCUAUGGGAAGCACUGCAACGCUCAAGCCCUUUGAUUCCAAGUAUAUCUGUCUCUCUGAACAGUGGAUGCAAGGACCAUGGAUUUGCGAUGUAUUGAACGGUGGUUGUGAGGAUGAGUGCUUAUCGAUUAAUCAACAGCCUGUAUGCAUCUGCCCACCUGGAAAAAUUCUGCAUGACAAUAAAUUGACAUGUGUUGUUGUUGUGCAAAACGAUCCCUGCCUUAAUUUCGGGUGUGCACACGUUUGCUACCAGCAAAAUGACAGCUCCGUCGCCUGCAUGUGUCACCAUGGGUACGCACUAGCAGAAGAUGGGAAGAAGUGUAAAGAUAUUGAUGAUUGUUUCGAUGAUAGACAGUGCCCGGGACAGAACUAUGAGUGUGUCAAACAUAUUGGUGGAUAUAAAUGCAGAUGCCAAAAUGGAUUCAAAAUGAUGAAUGACGUUUGCAUUGACGAAGAUGAGUGCUACAUGGAUGGACCAUGCGAGCAUCUUUGCGAAAAUACAUUGGGCAGUUAUAAUUGCUCCUGUUUUGAAGGAUAUAUUGCAACGAGAAAAGACCCUAACAAAUGUCAACUGCAUUGUCCUUUCGAAGAGUGUCUUGCAGAAUGUGACCCAAAUGAUCCACAUCAAUGCAACUGUCCCGAGGGUUACGUGAGCGAUGUAAGAAAUGAAAUUAGAAUUUGCAUUGACAUUAAUGAAUGUGAUAAUGGUUACUGCGAACAUAAUUGCAAUAAUACGUAUGGAGGUCAUAUGUGUUCUUGCUAUGAGGGAUUCGACUUGGUUGACGGAUGGAAAUGUGUCCAGAGAAAAUCGUCGGAGGGUUCAGGCUUUACGACACCAUCUGAUUUUAUGACACCAAGUGUCAAAUAUCCAACUCAGCGCCCCUCAACUGUGACAGCGGGUGGUCUAAUUGGAAUAAUAGUGUGUAUUGUCAUUGUCGUUUUGGUGAUGGUAUUUUUACUCCAGCAUAUUCUCAAACGUCGCAGCAAAUUGGAAGUUCCAAGUGCGCCCAAAACCCAAGGCGAUGAUGGACACGAUUUGGAGCAAGUAAGGACGGAAAAGUACCCCAAACCAUCUGUGGACAGGAAUUUCAAACAAGACACUUAGAUUAUGGUAUUAUGUGUGUAAUUUUCAUUGCCAUACAGAGAGUUCACAAUCAACUAUUGGCAAUCAAUUGUUUUUUAAUUUCAUUAUACGGUAUCCAGAGUGCAGGCCAUGGCAUAUACAUGUAAAUAUCUCAUCAUCACAUCCUCACCUUGUGUAAAGAAAAAAAUAUAUAACAUCUUUAUUUUCAUUUUGUGCAAAUUUUCCUUUAGCUCACCACAAGUCCCAAUCCUUUCAAAAGUGUGACCCCUUGUGGACUAUUAAAGAGACUUCUAUUUAAUUAUGCUUAUUUAACCUUAUCGAAUAAUAGUCUGCUUUAUUUCAUGAAUUCAAUGUAUUCUCUCUAUAACCUAUUAUUCCAGAUUUGUUUAGUGUGCAGGAUUAAGAUUUUGUCACAAUUGCAAUUCAGAUCAUUUGCUCUCCUGCUCUCAAAUACAUUGCUAUUACAAACCUUCCUUAUUUUUUAGUUAGGAUUAAUGUUAUUUUGUUCUGAGAGUCUAAUAUGAUUGAAAUAACAAGACUUUACCAUUUUGGACUGUAAUUGGAAUAAUAAUUGGCAUGUAGGCAUAAAUUGUAACGUUUUGAGCUGAAAGCCCGGUGAUCUGAUAGAGUGAUUGGAAGAAUCCCUCUAAGAUCAACCUAUUUCACCCCUGAUUGUAUUUGGCCUACAGUAGCGCAGCCGCAGGCUAUUGGACUGUGGACUAGUCUACUAGACUAUAUGGAGUAGACUAUUGAGACAGAAGGAGAAUUCCCCUGAUUAUACACAUUUAAUUAGCAUAAUGUGUAAUAACAAUGCAAUCUUGCAAACAACUUGAUUACAGCUCUUUCCAGGAGAUCCAGGAAGACAAGUUUUAUGUAAGAAUGUACUUUUCGUAGCAUGUUAGAAUUUAUGCAGUAGGUUAUGAGAAUGUUAUGAAAAUUAGGUUAAGGUUUAGAAAAAGGGUUAGGGUUAGCGUUAGUUAAAAUGCUAACAAAAAUCUAAUUUUUAUGGUGGCGAGACAGGCAGAACAGGGCUGAAAGGGACCUACGGAUCCGCAGACUCUGUCUUUCAAGAGGAAGGUUUGAAUCUGUAAAACCACUGGAAUAUAAAAACAACUUAAAGUCCGUAGAAGUAAGAGGACCUGAUAUACUUCAUUCUCAAACAUGGUUGAAUUUGAAAGAGUCAGUUGGUUUCCAAUAGAGACUAACUGCAGACAUAAUCUCUCAAGCCCAUCUCUCAGGGCCCUCUCUAUACUGCCACGUACUGGUGGGACAUGUUUAGAAAUCAUGUCUUUCAGGCCCAUCAUCUCUCAGGCAUAGCCGAAAGUACAGGUGCUGGAGGUGUGCAUAUGGUAAAACUGCAAGAAUUUGUGUUGCAAUAAAAAAACUAUUAAACCA